UAUUGCAGUUUGUUGAAAGACGUCAUUUUACGAUCUGAUCAUAUAACCUAUAAAUUACGUAUUACGCACUUUGUGACAGAGUAUUUUUUAUUGUGUAUCAUAAUGAAACCAAAAGCAAAAAAUAACAAGAUAUCUUCUAAAAAAAAAAAUGUGGAAACAAAUUCAGAAGUAAAGAGUGAUCUUCCAUCUUCCAGCGUAGAAACAGUAAGCGGAUUAAAUCAAGAAGCCGAGGAUCAAUUUGUAUUAGAACUUUAUUGGUGCAUUCAAGAAUUAGAAUCGAGUUUAGAGAAAGGAAAAGUGCAAAUGAAACAAGCUCAGGAUAUUUCCAAAAGUUUGAAUACUUUAAAAAGUAAUAGCGCGCCUUUGAUAAAAAAGAGACAAAUUAUGAGAAAUAAAUUAGGAAAUUAUAGAGAGAAAAUGAUCCAGGAUGAACAGAAACUUAUUAAGCAUGUCGCAUCAGUUAAAUUUACAAAUAAGCCAAAUUUAUAUAAAAAAUCUGUAUUCUUACGAAAAGCUUCUACUAAUGUAAAACAGAAUUCUGUUAAAACUAGUGAUAGUGAAUUAAAUGAACAAUCUCAUGAUUCGUUAAAUAAUGAUAGAUCUAUAGUUGAUAAGAAUAGCUCGCAAGAGUUUAAAUUUAAUUUUCAAACUGUAACUUAAGUGAUUUCCUUUAUAUUAAAGUAAUAAAGGUU